UUGAAUCCACAACCAACACAACGUCGUUUUAGCCUAGGGUUGGAUUUUAAUCAUACAAACAGAAAGUUCUCUCAAACUCAAGUUAAACGUAUUCUCCUCCCUCCUCCCUUCCCUGCGCCGCUCGUUUUCUUCACUUCUACAGCCACUGUCUUACUUGAAGACCUUCCCGUUGCUUUCGUUCUUGGCCAUCGCCUCCGCAGCAGAUGUGCUCUUCAAGUGUACAAGUGCUCUUCAGCCGCAGAUGAAUGUAUAAUAAUCUUGGAGCAAAUUAAUAUGGGGCCUGAUUUGGAGAAAUCAAAAGCUUUGGCUAGUAAAGACAAUGGAGGCGUAUCCCAAGUUCAAGAAGAUAAGUUUGCGAAAUGUAUAAGUAAUUAUGAGGACAAUAAUUUCCAUGAGGAAGCUUUAAAUUAUGACCAAGCUAAACUAAGCGAGGAUAUGGAUAUUAAUAUAAUUGAGUGUACAAAAUCUGGUGACAAUGGACAAAUUGAAGCUCGAUGUGAGGAUGCAACUGAGAGUAUGAGUUCUUUUGGUGACACAUUAUCUGAGACUGAGAAUCUUGCAGUGUUAGGUGAUGCUGAAGUUGAAUCACAGUGCUGUCUCUGUGAUGCAGCAGCAUCGGUAUUUGAUGGAGGAGCAUUUCAAAUGAGGAGGAAAAAGUUGACAGACCAUUGGAGGAGAUUUAUACGUCCUCUUAUGUGGCGAUGCAAGUGGAUAGAAUUGCAAAUUAAAGAAUUUCAGUCCCAGGCGCUUAAGUAUGACAGAGAACUUGCAGAACAUGAACAGAGAAAGCAGUUUGAUUAUGGUACGUUUUUAAUAGAAGGAAUUGAUGCAAAGUCAACACCAUUUUCAAGUUGUACUAAAAGGAACAAAGUCAUGAAAAGAAAGAAAAGAAAAAGAAUUGAGGAGGCAACUGACAUAUCAUCAUAUAUGCUACAACAUAACCUCUUUUCCUAUUAUGAAACUAGGAAGUCUUCUGCCAAUGGUGCUUCUAUGAAUGACAAUUGCAGCAAUAAUCCAGAUAAGGCAAUCAAUGUUAAUGAUGAGUUUGGCUUUCAAGAUGGAUGGGCAUCUCUUGAGACCAAAGGAAUUGAUAAUAUCUGUGAAAAUAUUCUUUUGAAAAUUGAAGCAUUACAAUUGCUAGUUCGCAAGUUGAAGGUCCGGAUUGAGAAGGUGGUGAGUGAAAAUCCUGGGAAGUUUGCUUCUGUUAAUAGGCUGAUCAUGCCUGUAUCUUGUGAUGCAUUGACCAGUUCUGAUCAAAAUCCUGCUUCCCCUCUUGAAAAUGAUGAUAGAAUGCCUGUUAGAUCUCUAUACACCAUCUCACAGUUUCUCCCUGAAAGUGCUGUUUCAAGUCACGGAGAGGUCACCACUCAUCCUGAUAUGAUUGAAAGCACAGAUCAGCCUGUGGUUGGGGUUUCAUGUGAAGAUACUAAAGAAGGAAUUCUAAUAAAUAAUCAGGCAGCAAAGGAAGAGAUGCAAGACUUGAAUAUGUUCAGAAACGAGGUCACAGAGAAGCAUCAGGUAGAGACAGAAGAGCAGACAUCAUGCGUUCCUGAAGCUACUAACAUAUCCACAGGUACAACUGUGCCUCGUGUAAAUUUUGGUGGAAAAACACUUCCAAAAUCCAGGAGCAAUCUUUCCAAUGACAAGAAGAAGACGGGGAGGAGAAAAUCUGGCAGAGGUGGCCGGAACCGUAAAUCCUGAGCUUAGCUGGAUAAGUGAUUUAGAUGUCUCGAGUACAUAAAAGACUGAAACUUCUUCAAAAGUUGUUGGAAGUAACACUUUUGCAAGAUGAUAAUUGUAAAUGCUGAUGCAUUUUCUGAUGUGUAUCUUCCCGCUGCCCAUCUGCUGCUUACAUAUUUGUACAUGCUCCAUAUUCAUUAGGUCUCUUAUCUAUGCUGUAGAGCAUUGGAUGCUUUGUUUAGAGAUGUGCUAUUAUUUUAAUACAAUUAUAAUUUUGUUUGUGGAAAUAUUUUUUAGAUUAGUGAGAA